AUGCCUAAAGCCAAACCCAGCGCUGCCAAAGAUUUUAUCGCUGGAGGUGUUGGAGGAGUAUGCACCGUUUUUGCAGGCCACCCUUUGGACACUGUCAAGGUGCGGUUGCAGACGAUGCCCAAGCCACUGCCUGGUCAAGCAGCCUUGUUUACAGGAACCUUUGACUGCCUCAUGCAGACUGUUACAAAAGAGGGUUUCUUUGGACUGUACAAAGGCAUGGCGGCACCCAUCACUGGGGUUGCUCCUAUCUUUGCCGUGUGCUUCCUUGGUUUUGGCAUUGGCAAGAGGCUGCAGCAAAAGCAUGAGGAUGAAGUACUGACGUACCCUCAGCUUUUCAAGGCAGGCAUGUUGGCUGGCGUGUUUACAACAGCGAUCAUAACGCCAGGGGAGAGAAUCAAGUGUCUUCUACAGAUUCAGCAAGAAGCCAGUGUUGCUGAUAGAAAAUACAAAGGCCCUGUUGACUGUGUGAGGCAACUGUACAAGGAAGGAGGCAUCAGGAGCAUCUACAGAGGCACCAUGGCCACUUUCCUCAGGGAUAUACCAGCUACAGGAAUGUAUUUCACCAGCUACGAGUGGCUGCAGCGAGUUCUGACUCCAGAAGGACAUGAUCGCUCCGAGAUGAGUAUAGGACGGACACUGUUUGCUGGGGGGAUGGCUGGGAUUGCUAACUGGCUGGUGGCUGUACCUCCAGAUGUGCUGAAGUCAAGGCUGCAGACAGCUCCUCAUGGAACUUACCCCAACGGCAUCCGUGACGUAAUUAGGCACAUCAUUAAGGAUGAGGGAGUGAUGAGUUUAUACAAAGGCUUUACUCCAAUUAUGUUGAGAGCCUUCCCAGCUAAUGCAGCAUGUUUCCUUGGCUAUGAAGUGUGCCUUAAUUUCUUGAACUGGUCCGUGCCGUGGUUGUGA